CUUUUAUAUCUUGGUUCGGGUACCCGCUUACCCAACUAAAAAUACCCGUCGUCACCACCUUAGUUUCAAUCAUUAACCCGAAAUCCACCAUACGAGACGGUGGUCGCAACACUCCUCGCAAACGUUCCAUACGAAAAACACAACCACCGAAUUCCACUACCCAUACCUCAAGCAUUCAAAAACCCCAUCUUUUUCAGAAUCAACACUAACCCUAAUUUCAAUCACCUCCUCAGUUAGGGUUUUCUCCCUCACUCAAAUUCUGUCACAAAUGUCGAAGAGGAAGUUCGGAUUCGAAGGUUUCGGCAUAAACCGCCAAUCCACCUACAGUUUCGAACGAUCCCAACCUCCUCAACGACUCUACGUCCCUCCUUCAUCUCGUAAAACCCACGACAACUACGAGGAUAACGACCUCGACAACAUCGACUACGACGACGAUGCCACAGAAGAACCCAGCAACAAUAAUGGCGGCGGUGGUGGCGGUGAGGAGGAGGAGGAAGUUGAUCCGUUGGACGCUUUUAUGGAAGGGAUACAUGAAGAGAUGAAGGCGGCGCCGGCACCGAAGCCGAAGGAGAAGGUGGAAGAUAGAUUUAAAGACGAUGAGGAGGAUCCUAUGGAGAGUUUCUUGAGGGCGAAGAAGGAUUUAGGGUUGACGUUGGCGUCUGAUGCGCUGCAUGCUGGGUAUGAUUCUGAUGAGGAGGUUUAUGCGGCUGCUAAGGCUGUGGAUGCUGGUUUGAUUGAUUAUGAUUCGGAUGAUAAUCCUGUUGUUGUUGAUAAGAAGAAAAUUGAACCUAUAGCUCCUCUGGAUCAUACGGAGAUUGAUUAUGAGCCGUUUACUAAGGAUUUUUAUGAGGAGACCCCUUCAAUAUCAGGUAUGAGUGAGCAAGAUGUAAGUGAAUACAGGAAAAGUUUGGCUAUUCGGGUAUCGGGUUUUGAUGUUCCUAAGCCGGUUAAAACAUUUGAGGACUGUGGGUUUGCUUCACAAAUUAUGUCUGCUAUAAAGAAACAAGGUUAUGAGAAGCCCACGUCUAUACAAUGCCAGGCAUUACCAGUUGUGCUUUCUGGUAGAGAUAUUAUUGGCAUAGCGAAAACUGGUUCUGGUAAAACUGCUGCUUUUGUGCUUCCUAUGAUUGUGCAUAUCAUGGAUCAGCCUGAACUUCAGAAGGAGGAAGGUCCUAUAGGGGUGAUAUGUGCACCUACUAGAGAAUUAGCACAUCAGAUAUAUCUAGAGGCCAAGAAAUUUGCCAAAGCAUAUGGUAUACGCGUUUCUGCUGUCUAUGGUGGAAUGUCAAAACUUGAACAAUUCAAAGAACUCAAGGCAGGCUGUGAGAUUGUUGUUGCUACUCCUGGGAGAUUGAUAGACAUGUUAAAAAUGAAGGCAUUGACAAUGCUGAGAGCGACUUACCUGGUUCUUGAUGAGGCUGAUCGAAUGUUUGAUUUGGGAUUUGAGCCACAAGUAAGGUCCAUUGUUGGUCAGAUUAGGCCCGACCGCCAAACUUUGCUCUUUUCUGCAACAAUGCCUUUCAAAGUUGAAAAGUUAGCCAGGGAAAUCCUUUCCGACCCUACCAGAGUGACAGUGGGGGAGGUGGGGAUGGCAAAUGAAGAUAUUACUCAAGUUGUUCAAGUAAUUCCUUCCGAUUCUGAAAAAUUACCGUGGCUUUUGGAGAAGCUGCCUGAAAUGAUCGAUCAAGGUGAUACAUUAGUUUUUGCUUCCAAGAAGGCCACUGUGGAUGAAAUUGAAGCACAGUUGGGUCAGAGAGGCUUUAAAGUUGCUGCCCUGCAUGGUGAUAAGGAUCAAGCUUCUCGGAUGGAUAUUUUACAAAAGUUUAAAUCUGGCACUUACCACGUGCUUAUUGCAACUGAUGUUGCUGCUCGUGGUCUCGAUAUCAAGUCAAUUAAAACAGUGGUCAACUUUGAUAUUGCUAAAGAUAUGGACAUGCAUGUCCAUCGCAUUGGAAGAACGGGCCGUGCUGGUGACAAGGACGGAGUUGCAUACACUCUUAUAACUCAAAAAGAAGCACGGUUUGCUGGUGAAUUGGUUAAUAGUUUAGUUGCUGCUGGUCAAAAUGUAUCCACAGAGCUGACAGAACUUGCCAUGAAGGAUGGGAGAUUCAGGUCAAAACGUGAUGCGAGGAAAGGAGGUGGGAGAAAAGGCAAAGGCAGGGGUGGCGGUGCAGGUGGCAAAGGCGUGCGUGGGGUGGACUUUGGGCUGGGCAUUGGAUAUAGUUCAGAGUCAAACAAUGCACCAUCUAACUCAGUUCCAAAUCGGUCCGCCGCUGUAAAUUCUCUGCGAACAGGAAUGAUGUCCCAAUUUAAGAGUAGCUUCGUUGCUGCAUCAUCAAACUCCCAAAAUCAAGGACUCGGUAAUAAUCCAAACAUGGCUGUUAAUAAGAGACCAGCACUCGCCGGCUUUGUAUCUGGUGGAUCAAUUGGGGGCGAUAUAAAUACCCAUCAGCAAACUUCUUCAUACAAUCCUGCUACAUCCGCCGUAAAUUCAACCAGUCAAAGUCCUGCAGUAAAUCCUGGUCAGAACAGCACAAACAGUAGCUCCAAACCUAGAGAAAGGCGGAGGCCAUCUGGGUGGGAUAGAUAGUUUGUCGGCAUCACUGUCACAUGUAUGAAUGCUAUUUAUAGGUGAAGUGUUGAUUUGAUUUGUCCUGUAUUAUCAAAUGAUAGAGCAGAGUAUUAAGAAAUGAAAAACUGUGUGGGAAUUGUAUUGAAUAUUGAAAAAGGAGGGCGAACUCUUCCAAAUAUUCCUAAGCCAAGGCUCCUCAGAGUUGAGGUAAGAGAGCAGUCUUUCUUUUCUCUGCCUACCUCUAAGUGUUGUACCAGAAUAAUGAUGACAUGAUUGAGCCAAACCACUACUACAUCCACUGCUCCUUUUUGGAAAAAUCCUAACAAAGUGGUCUUUAUUGUAAGGGAGCAAGCUGUUAGAAGAUCUUUGUAUAUUUGAAUCUGCGAUACGUUUUUGUAUUGCUACUUAGUUGCUUUAAAUACUCACUUUCUUAAACUUAA